AUGGAGACAGACUUGGACACUACCAGCUCUUCUGAAGCUGCAAACCUGGAGGUGCUCAGAGGUGGGGGACAUCUGACCCCAGACGGGGAGAGCAGCAGACUCCCCCCAUCUGAAAAUAGUUGUGUGGAACUGGAUGGCUCCCAUCCUGUGACCUGCACCCUCACAAUCUCACUGGCUGUCCCCAUCCUGUCUACAGGACAAAAGCAGCAGAAACCCAGUCCCUCCAAUACACAAGGAAAGCAAAUUAAAGCUGAUGAAUUGGGAGCUACUCCGAGUGUGCACUACAGCUACCACAUUGAGUACCUCCUGCUGCCAGAUGACCUGGAACCUAGGAAACUGGAAUUGGUGGUGUUUGGGGUGGCUGCAAAGCUAUUGACAGAGUCUGAUUCUGAGGACAAAGGUGUCUCAAAACCAAAGUACAGUAAACCUCUACUAGAAGAGGAUGCAGAGGCUGUUGAAAAAGAAACUGAUCUGAAUGAACUGGCAACAUCUGAUGGCUUGCUACAUCCAUCAAGGACAGAAGAUGGAAGCACAGCAAGCAGUGUGAUGUUUGAAAAAAAACAAUCUGUGAAGCAGAAACGAGUCUCCAGGAGUGGAGUAAAAUCAGUGACCAGUCACCUGGCAGGAGCCAAUCCUGAUGUUUUAGAUGCUUAUGUGAGUUUCAGUGUGGACACACCUCUUCUAUCUGAAAGACAGAGACAUGAGCUGAAUCCACUGGUUAUAAGGAUUACUUCAGCCACCUGCCUCCCCAACACCCCUGUGCCAAUAGCAGUGCUGCAGAAAUUAUGCAUUCCCACCUACUGCAAAUACAAAUUCCACAACUUUCCACCUCAUCAAACUCACGGACAAAUCCAUGGAACUCAUGUCUACUUUAAGGAUGUUAAUGUGCUGCUGACAGGGCUGAUGAAACCUGGGGAAUUACAGAUGUGUCUGCAGGGGCCACCUUUGGAGAUAGAAGUUCAUGACCGGGAUAGAAACAUGGAAAACAGCAAAAAGGAGCCCUCUUUGUCUGGGAAAGAUGAAACAGGUGAAAAAGUGGAUAAGUUGAGCUUCCUUGCUUGCAAAUGCACAGACCAGAAACCUUUUACAAAGAGCACAGUGAGGCAUCCACAUGGAGUAGCUAAAGUCAGUCUGUCUGAUUUAUUGCUGGGUCAGAAGUAUUUGAAUAUCAGUGCUCCCAUUCAUAGCUGCUCAGCUUCAGAUCCAGCUGCUCUCAGUGAGGAGGAUGAAAAGCAGACAAGAACAGAAUCAAUGAGUAGUUCUUCCCCACUACCCAUGGGACAUUAUCUAGAAUCUGACUCAGUUUUGACAGUAAGAGUGGAAAUAGCUGUGCCACUGGGAGUGCAUGAAGAAAAUGCUGAUGCUGGAGUCACAAGUUGCCCAUAUGGUUUAAUAAUCUACAUUUUUGACUACAAUAAUUCAUCUUUAUUACAUGAUUUAGUGGAACAGAUUACAGAAAUCAAUGCUAAAGGCCUCCAGCUGGACUGCUCUCCUGUACACUUAAUGGGAAUGGCUCUUGCUGCAUCAAAACUGAAAACCACCCCUGAGAAAGUUUCCCAGUUGGAUGUUGUUACUGGUUUUCACUUAAUGGAUGGAUCAACUCACCUUUUUGUCUUGGAGGGGUUAAAAGACAAAGCAAUCAGGAGACUCUGGGAGAGACACUUGGAAAGGACCCACAGGCAGGAGGGUGGACAGCUGGAGGUCCUGUACAACUUCCAGCUGUCUUUCCACCACCGCCAGUACGCAGACCUGGAAUCCCUCUGUUACCAUUUCUGCCUCUGCCAGCCCCUGUGCACUCUGACAAAGCAGCCUCUGCUCUAUGUCAGGAGAAUGGUUCCUUAUAUCUGCUUCCAAGCCUUGUCCAGGCUCAGUUUCCUCUGUGGCAGUAAGAGGCUGAGGACAGUGAUUCGUGGGGACCUGCUGCCCUCAGCAGAGAUGAUCAGAGUCCUGAGUCAUGAGUAUGGAGUUCCCCUAAAGGAUGAGCAUCUCUUCCCUCAGAAACCUCCUUUGGUUGCCUUUGGUGACACCGGAGAAGUUGGCAAAGUGGAACAGGAACAUUCUUUGUUAGAUACCAACAGUGAAAUGUGUGUGCAGAAGAAGGAAGAAACAGCAGAGAAAAACUAUAUCAGGGCUAACAUCAGUGCUCUGUGCCAACUCCAAGGAAAGAUGAAAAAGCCAAAGUUGGAAGUUUUCAGGGUUUCUCCUGUUGCUGGCAAAAAUGUCUUUAACUAUAGCUGUCAGAGGCUGAACUCCGCAGAACUUGCAAAGCAGCAGCUUCGCCAAGAACUGGCAAAGAAACCAAAGAAGAGAUUCACUUACUGUCAAGAGUAUCUCUCAGCCACAUUUGACCUGGUGGAUGUGGAUGCUGCCUGUAAGGAAUCCUAUGCACACUCCAAGAGCAUGUGGAUGUCACCAGAUGGGUUUGUACUGCCUGGAUGUAAGAGCAGCAUUGAAAGCAGCCUGCACCCUCUGCUGUGUGAUGGGGCACGUGGGAAGGAGCUACAGGAGCAAUGGCAGGAGAAUGCUCUGCAUGCUCACCUGAGGCCAGUGCUGCCACGAGACAGAUGGAGCUGGGACAAACGACACUUGGAUUUUGAUCUUUACAAGAAGCCACCUGAGCUCUUCAUGCUCACAGCCCCACAGAAUGGUAAUGGCUCUGUUACAAUUCUCUGA